AUGGUUAUAAGAGAAUACCUUAGAACAUUAAUUUUAGGCAGCUCUUUAUUACUUCCAGACAAAAAUAGACUUACAGAACUCUUUACUUAUGAAAUUACAAAUAAUAUAAAUUUUGCUGUAUAUAUUCUAAUUAUUAUUAUUUUUAAUAUUAUACUAUUAGUUUUUAUAUUUAAAUCUCAAAGAUUUGCAAAUUUAAGUCUAGGAUAUGGAUUUCUAUUGAUUUUAUGUGGACUAGUUUUACAUAAAAUAAAAGUUAUAGAGUUUUUAACAAAUAAUGGUAUAAGACUAAAAGAGAAAAGUAAAAUAAAUUAUUUAUCGCAUUUAGUAGGAUUUGAAAAAAAUAAAAUGUCGGCUUUUCUAACAGAAGAAUAUUCAAAUCCAUUUAAGCCAAAAAUUUAUGUAGAUAAAUCAAGCAUAAAUAAGAAAAAUUUGGUAGAUUCCAAAAGUGAUCAUGAGUCAGAUACAUCAUCUUCUCAGGAAAAUAGUAAAAAAAGAUCUUUUAAAAAAAUUGUAAAGAGUUUUACUAAACAACCUAGAUUUGGUAUAAAGCAAAUCAAACAGCCUUUAAAAGUAAAACAAUUCCACCAAUUACAACUAAAUGCAGAUACUUUGCCUAAACUGGUUACAAUGAAUAUAAACCAAGAUAAUUACAGUUUAGUCUUUUUAAAUGAUAUUCGUACAAUAUUAAAUCAAAAGUUAAAAAAUGAAAAAAAUUUGAUUAUUUUUUACAAGAAUUUAGAAGAACAGAAAAAAGCUAUUGAUAUUUUAAUUACAGAUUUUAGCAAAAAAUUUGAUAAUUUUACUAAAAUGUCGAAAUUAAUCUCUGCAGAAUUAUUUGCCUUAAAUAGCUCUCCAAAAUAUUUUAAGUUUGAGUUAAAUGAUUUGAAAUUAGAAGUUGAUAAAUUUUUUAAAAUAAGACAAAGUAUUCAUAAAGACAAUAAUUUGUCAAUACUUAACUACAUAGAUAAUAUUUUAAAUCUACAAAAGGUUAAUAAAGAUAUGCAGUUUGUAGGAAACAAUGAUCAAAUUAUAAAAAAUGUUAUAAAAACAAGAUUUUUGUUUUUAUGUAUUGCUAUAGUGUGUUUAUUUUUUAUUUGUUGUACAGCUCUAAAUUAUUAUAGAUGUUAUCAACUUCUUUAUAUUACUAUUUGUAUGGUUCUAGCUCUCCUCAGUUUUUUAAGUAUUUUAUUUUUACUUUAUGCACAAAUUUUAGAUAAAGAUUGCAAGUCAGGACGUGUAGUUGGAUGUAAAAUGUAUUUAAAUAGUGGUUCUAAAUAUACAGCGAAAUUAAGGCAAUCAGAGUUAUUUAAAGAAUCAGAGACUUUUAAAAAAAAUCUUGAAGAGUUUUUAAAAGAUACAAACGAAAAUUUAAAAUCUCUACAAAAUUAUAUAGUUAAUCUUUCGAAUGAAAAUGUUUCUUAUCGAGUGUUAAUAUUUAAAAAUCUUUUCGAUAAGAUUUUAUUUGUCAGAGAUGAUUUUCCUGAAAUUGUUAAAUCUAAAAUUGAUACAAAAAAAUAUUUUGAGUUAAUAAGAGAUAUGUAUAAUAUAUUAGAUCAACUAUUAUAUAAAUUAAAUAGUAAAAUAAAAGAAGAAAUAUUAGAAAUAUUUAUAAAAGAAAUAGGUUAUGGUUACUAUAUCAAUUCAGAUAAACAACUAUUAGUUGAUAAUGUCAUAAGUCUUUUAUCCCAAAAAAGAAAUGAUGAAGAUUUAAAGUUGUCAGCAAAAUGUGGAAGCAUACUAGAUAAGCUGUGUAUGUCAAAAGAAUACAUAGAAGAUAUAUUUAAUCUUAUAGUUUUAUCAUGUGUAAUUAUCUUGAUAUUUUUAAUUUAA